UGCAGGGGGCGCGGGGCCGAGGCUGAGAGGGCGCGCGCGGGGAGGAUGGACGGGUCCGGGGAGCGCAGCCUCCCGGAGCCGGGCAGCCAGAGCUCCGCUGCCAGCGACGACAUAGAGAUAGUCGUCAACGUGGGGGGCGUGCGGCAGGUGCUGUACGGGGACCUCCUCAGUCAGUACCCUGAGACUCGGCUGGCGGAGCUCAUCAACUGCUUGGCUGGGGGCUACGACACCAUCUUCUCCCUGUGCGACGACUACGACCCCGGCAAGCGCGAGUUCUACUUUGACAGGGACCCGGACGCCUUCAAGUGUGUUAUCGAGGUGUACUAUUUCGGGGAGGUCCACAUGAAGAAGGGCAUCUGCCCCAUCUGCUUCAAGAACGAGAUGGACUUCUGGAAGGUGGACCUCAAGUUCCUGGACGACUGUUGCAAGAGCCACCUGAGCGAGAAGCGCGAGGAGCUAGAGGAGAUCGCGCGCCGCGUGCAGCUCAUCCUGGACGACCUGGGCGUGGACGCGGCCGAGGGCCGCUGGCGCCGCUGCCAGAAGUGCGUCUGGAAGUUCCUGGAGAAGCCCGAGUCUUCGUGCCCGGCGCGGGUGGUGGCCGUGCUCUCCUUCCUGCUCAUCCUUGUCUCGUCCGUGGUCAUGUGCAUGGGCACCAUCCCCGAGCUGCAGGUGCUGGACGCCGAGGGCAACCGCGUGGAGCACCCGACGCUGGAGAACGUGGAGACGGCGUGCAUUGGCUGGUUCACCCUGGAGUACCUGCUGCGCCUCUUCUCGUCACCCAACAAGCUGCACUUCGCGCUGUCCUUCAUGAACAUUGUGGACGUGCUGGCCAUCCUCCCCUUCUACGUGAGCCUCACGCUCACGCACCUGGGUGCCCGCAUGAUGGAGCUGACCAACGUGCAGCAGGCGGUGCAGGCGCUGCGGAUCAUGCGCAUCGCACGCAUCUUCAAGCUGGCCCGCCACUCCUCGGGCCUGCAGACCCUCACCUAUGCCCUCAAGCGCAGCUUCAAGGAACUGGGGCUGCUGCUCAUGUACCUGGCAGUGGGUAUCUUUGUCUUCUCUGCCCUGGGCUACACCAUGGAGCAGAGCCACCCAGAGACCCUGUUUAAGAGCAUCCCCCAGUCCUUCUGGUGGGCCAUCAUCACCAUGACAACCGUCGGCUACGGCGACAUCUACCCCAAGACCACGCUAGGCAAGCUCAACGCGGCCAUCAGCUUCUUGUGUGGUGUCAUCGCCAUCGCCCUGCCCAUCCACCCCAUCAUCAACAACUUUGUCAGGUACUACAACAAGCAGCGCGUCCUGGAGACGGCGGCCAAGCACGAGCUGGAGCUGAUGGAACUCAACUCCAGCAGCGGGGGCGAGGGCAAGACCGGGGGCUCCCGCAGUGACCUGGACAACCUCCCUCCAGAGCCUGCGGGGAAGGAGGCGCCCAGCUGCAGCAGCCGGCUGAAGCUGUCCCACAGUGAUACCUUCAUCCCCCUCCUGACCGAGGAGAAGCACCACAGGACCCGGCUCCAGAGUUGCAAGUGACAGGAGGGCCCCUCAGGCAGAGAUGGACCAGGCGGUGGACAGAUGGAUAGAUGUGGCAGGCAUGUCAUCGACAGCACAGAAGGGCUGUCCUGUGUCCCCCCAACCCUCCCCUGGACAGACUCUGAAGGCCCUCCCGGCACCUCUGCCAAGGCUGGGUAAGACUCCUCUGUGUUGCCUGCUGUCCCGGAGCCGGGGAGGGAGGGGUGUGCAGGAGCCGCAGGGCCGUGUGGGACGAGUGGAGGCCGCGGCCUGGCUGGCACGAGAGCCCACGCCCACUUCUGUAUCUCCCUCAAUAAAGCCUCCUGCUCUGUGCA